AUGUCGUGGCUAGGUUUGAAAAAAGCCAUAAAUCGUGCUGGCACACAAGUGAUGCUUAAAGCUGGUCAAAUUGACCAAACCGUGGAUACAGAAUUUGAGUAUGAAGAGAAACGAUUCAGAGUCAUGGAAUCAAAUCUGAUUGCAUUACAAAAGAAACUACGAACAUACUUGGAAAGCUUGAAAAUGUUGACUAAAUCGCAACUAAACAUUGCUGAGUUGCUAGAUUCCUUCUAUGGGCAAGAAUCAUCAAUGCCACAUCAUUUUGAAAACUCAUUAACUGGAGCUGAAUUGGACUUGUUCAAGAACUUGUCAGGUGAAUAUUUCCAUGAUUUGAAACAAUUGAAUACGCAAGUGAUCAACGACUUGGAACACCCUUAUAAUCAAACUGUACUUAACCCCAUAGCUCGAUUUAACUCGUAUUACGUCGAGGUCAAUGACGCCAUCAAAAAAAGACAUCAUAAACUACUCGAUUACGAUGCAAUGCGCAACAAGGUGAAGAAAUUGAUAGAUACUCCACAAACUGAAUAUUCCGAUUAUGAAUCCAGGUUUAAGGAGUUGAGUGAUGAAUUGGUGGAUACUGAGCUGAAAUAUGUUGAUAUCAAUGAGAAAUUAAAAGAUGAAUUACCUAAAUUGGUGAAUAUGAGAAUUGCAUUUUUUGACCCGAGUUUUGAAAGUUUUGUCAAGAUUCAAUUGCGGUUUUUCAAUGAGAAUUAUCAAACUUUACAUAAAUUGCAACUGAAGAUGGAUGCACAGACAAAACAGGAUUAUGCAGAGGGGAAAUUGGAUGAUAAGAUUGAUCAUGUUUUGUCAAAGAUGAGAGCAUUGGAUAUUACGGGUAAGGAUAGUGCGAUAUAA